UUCUCACUUCAUUUCUUGGUGGACAAGCCUAAAAUCCCUCUAAAACCCUCUCUGACUCCAUUGCUCCACCGCCACUGCCGUCAUGUCCCUGCGAAGGAUAACUACUCGGUUCUCAACAUUCGCUUUAACUCAGUCCCGCAACUCGGGGCUCCUCUCCGGCCGCCGUGGAACUAGGAAAUUUCAAACUUCGUCCAAUUACUUAGUUUCAUUACACAGAGUUAACGAUAUGGUGGUACCUGCUCAGGUUUCAUCACUGCAUCAUUCUGUGUUGAGCUCAACAGGCUUUCAAUGGUUCGGAUUUUCAUCGUCUGCAUCCACAGAGCCCAGUGACAAGGAGACAAUGGCUCAUUCUGGAAAUGAAAAAGAAAUUAAGGACUCUAAUGAAGCUUCUAGUGAUACAGAUGAUAAAAGUGAAUCAGAUUUGGAGAGUGAGCUUUCUAGAGAUGAGCUGGUGAAACUUAUUGUGGAAAAGGAACAACUUCUGGUGAAAAAGCAGGAGGAGUUUGAUCAAAUGAAGGAUAAGGUGCUAAGGUCCUUCGCGGAGAUGGAAAACGUGAAAGAGCGUACAAGGCGUGAAUCAGAAAAUGUAAAGAAGUUUGCCAUUCAGAAUUUUGCUAAGAGCCUUUUGGAUGUGGCGGAUAAUCUGGGAAGAGCUUCUUCUGCUGCAAAAGGGGGUUUUUCAAAAGUUGAUGCCCCUGAAGAUGCAGCUGGAGCUGUUAAGCAACUUAAAACACUCCUUGAAGGUGUUGAAAUGACUGAAAAACAGUUAGCAGAGGUAUUUAGAAAAUUUGGACUUGAGAAAUAUGACCCAACAGAUGAGGAGUUUGAUCCAGCAAGGCAUAAUGCAGUGUUCCAAGUACCAGAUGCUUCAAAGCCGGCAGGUCGUGUUGCAGUUGUUCUAAAGGCUGGAUACGAGCUGCAUGACCGAGUAAUAAGGCCUGCCGAUGUUGGUGUCACAGUGGCUGCGAACAAUGAGGAAGCCGAAUAAGGAUCCAAUGCAUAGCUCUGAAGGAAAGAAAAAAUGAUCUACUGUUAUACUCAUUUGGAUGCACUCUUCAACCUAUCUAGAUAGAAAUAUUUGCCUAGUCGUCUAAAUAUUCUGUGCGGGAAUUCACAGUGCUACUGAAAUUUUUGUAGUGAUGAGAUAGGUGUAGAAGGAACCGAUUUUGGGUAAUUUCUAGUGCCUGUAUAAUUGAAUGCUCCCAUUUCAAAAUUGGGUGUUAAUUCUGCAACUUGUAUAAUGUGAGGAUUGAGGAAUGAUGGUGGUAGAGAUUGGUUUUGUA